AUGAUGGAAAAAUCACUCCCAGAGUCGAUGUUGAAGAUAAAAAGCGCUCGUCUGUGGUGUGGUCCCCCAAAUCAUCAUCCUCACCGUCUGCAACUCGCCCAGUGUGGUCUCUUAUCAAUUAACCGCAAGGAUCGGAUUAGCUUAUUUCUCAUCUCUGAAGCGUUUGGAAUUGCCGAAAUGGAUGCCGAUGAUCCACCUUAUUUUAAGGUUGGCCGAGACGCAUUUGGGAAGAAGCAUUUCUCCUGCUUGCUGUGCGGAGGGAAAACGAUGUUAGAUUACCGACCCCAUACACUGUUGCCAAAACAUCAGCAAAUGGUUAGAGAUUAUGAGGUAACAACAAGACGCACCUUGGAACCAGCUUCAAAUCCCGGGCAGCCAAGAGAGGAUGAAGUGAAUUUGUGGACGAGUGUUGCCAAUGAGUUGGCCUUUGAGUCGGGCACUCUGCAUGCGGAUCCCAGGUCUGAUGAGGAGUCGGAUGCUUCGGACUUGCUGAUUGUAGCACGCAACACGUCAUUGACCCUCUUCAAUCCUGCCGACGACGAGUCUUCAGAUUCCGAGCAUGAGAUGGAUUGGGAUGAUGUCCUGUUUGAAACCGUUCAUCAGCUUGGGCCGGGCAAUCUUGCUGAUCCUGCCGAUCGAAAUGCCAGAAGUCUCGCCGAAAGAUGGUAUCCGUUUAGGUCGCAGGCGGACGUUUUGGGCGCUUUGAUUCAUGGAUAUAUGCGCCAUGUGAUGUCUCGAGCGGAGUAUGCACAACUCCGACUGAUUUUGUCGCUGGCAGAACUGGAGCUUCCUCACUGGAACACUUUGCGCAGUGGGAGGUUACGCAUCCGCAACUUAUUAAGAAUGGAGAUCACCCACAGUGAAAGCAUUCUCCACAACCAAUGUUACUCCCUGAACAUUAAGCAAUUAUUGGCAAAUGACUUGGCCAAUCCCUAUGUCAAUCCAAAUUUAGAGUUUUAUCCACACUUUACUGGUGGGCAGAAUGUGUUCAAAAUGUCACAAAGUGCCAAGUGGCGUGAAGACCUCAGUCCAACUCUCCGAGUGCCCAUGGCAGAAGCAAACAACAAGCACUGGUACAUUUUUGAACCGGUUCAACUGCACAGCCGACAUGUGGUGGUGCCAAUCUUUUUCUUCAUGGAGAACAACAAAAUCUUGGCUCGAUGUGUGAAAGCAGACAUAUCCCAACAAGGACCAAAGAAAAUCAAGAUCACUAUUCCAUCUAAUCUGGAUUUCAAUUCCAACCAGUUGAGGAAUGUCCAUCUCAAAGAUUUUGCAUUGACUUACGACGAGAUACAUAUUGGGUCUGCUGGAAAGCUUGCUGAAGCAUGCAGCAAUGAACUCUAUGAAUAUGGUCAAAAAGAAAAGGCCCACACACUUCCCAAUCCGUGGCGGAUCAAGGCCUCAGGAAUGAUUAUUAGACACAUGCCAAUCAAUUUAUAUGCCGACGACACAUCGGGUAAUGUUUCCAAGAGAUACAACAAACACAUUUCAUUCUACUUUACUCUGUCAGGAUUGCCACCAAAAUACUCCAACAUGGAGUACAAUUGUCAUUUCCUAUCUACAUCAAACACUGCAGGUACUUUGGAGCUAGCCAAUCAGAUAGUGGAUCAGAUGAAUGAUUUAGCCACUGAUGGGGUUAUUGCAUACGACGCAAGUCUGGGCAAAAAUGUCUUAGUGAUGAGUUUAGUUUUAUGUUUUCAGGCGGAUUCUCCGAUGCAUGCGGAGAUUACCAGUACACCUGUUCCUGGCGUAUCUUUAAACCCAUGUCGCAUGUGUGGGUUGAAAACCUCCUCACUGGAUGAUAGAAAGACACCCAAUUAUGUCUGUCAGUUCCUGGGACUCAACUCCCAAGGUGAAAAGGUUAAUUUCCCACCACGCACUUGGGCAGGAACCAUUGAAAAUGCCAAAAAAAUAUGGAAGAUGGGCAAAUCAGGUGCCCAAAAAAAAUAUGAAGAUCUGGGGACCAAGCAUGGGGUCUGUGAUUCAAUCAACCGCCAGAUGGUUGAAAAUAUUCGUGGCAAAAAUAAAGCUGAGUGGAAGUCAGAAGUGGAAGCUACAGAGAAGGACAAUGAUGAGAGACUAUUCAAUCCCAUUUACAGACUGAAAGGUUUUGAUGGUUGCAAAGACACUCCAGUUGAGGUACUCCAUGUCUUCCUGCUUGGUGUAGUGAAGUACAUGACCCAGGACUUCAUGAAGGGAUUGAAGGUGUAUCAAAUAUCUGAACUGAUUGUGAGGUGGGAAGCCUUCAACACGGAUGCCCUCAACCACCCUUCCAUCAGCCCUUCUUACGUGGUCAAACACUAUAAGAGCCUCAUUGGAAAGGACUUCAAGAUCAUCCUCCAGGCUGCCCCUUUUGUCUUUUUUGACUUCAUGAGCACAGCUCAAAAAGGCCACUGGUUUUCCCUCUGUAUCCUAUCCACAUACAUAUUCCAAUCUAACAUUGCUGACAUGGCCACACACUUGGCUGAUCUCCGCAAGUACAUAGAUAUCUUUCUAUUUCACACCAUCCAACAGUCGGCCAGAUGGGUCAACAAACCCAAAUUCCACAUGUUAUUGCACUUGCCUGAGUCCGUGGAGCGCUUUGGGCCUGCAGGAUUGUUUGCCACAGAACAAUUUGAAAGCUUCAACAAGAUAUUGCGGUUGGCGUCCAUUCACUCAAACAGACACAAUCCAGGGAGGGAUAUUUCAAUCAGCUUUGCCGACUUUGAAUGUUUGCGAGCCAUUUUCUCUGGAGGGCGCUUGAUCAAUCACAGAUCUGGUCAGACCUUCUUUGCCAGUCCUAAUGUGACCAACAUCUUCAGGGACAACACCCUCAUUCAGAGGUCCAUGGGUUAUAAUGAUAACAUGAUAGCGGAUUCCAAUGUCUAUCCUAUGGAGAUGAUAACUCCAGUACCCAAAGAGGAGAAAGAAUCCCCCCCACACUACCUACAGGACCAAUUUUCUGGAUAUCACUUUACUCAGGUCCAUCAGCUGCACAUCAAUUCCAAGGAUGUUUGCAAGAAGGGAUACUUUGUUGUUAUUUUCCCCAGGAACAAAUCCCCAAAAUUCAUUGGGCGCGUGGAAUCUAUAUGGAAGGGACAAUCCCAAAACCGCAAGACUUUAUACGUCAAAAUCACACGAUUUCAAGUUAAAUCCGUCGACCAGUUCUACAAUAUGACCGCACUUGUAAAUGAGAAGAAAUUUGAGUUUUAUUUGGCCUCAGAGGUGGCUGGAUGUCUCAAUGUGCAACAUGAUUGCCAUCUUGGGAAAUGUAUGCCAGACAAAAACAAUAAGAGGAAAUUUGGCCCAGAGGAAGCAGCUCCAUCUAAGGAAGCUGUUAAACAUCAAGAUGACAAUUCUUAUAUAAUCAAUUCUGCUUCUUUGCACUCCAUUCCUCUGCGUCAACAAUUCUCCAACAUGACCCGCCCCCCAAUCACCCCAAAGGCCUGGACCAAGUGUGUUCAGGAUGGGCUCAAGAAUUGGUUUGAGCCUUCCAAAGGCAAGGCCAAGGCCCCAAAGGCCUCACAAGUAGCAUCCACUUCACAAAUGAUGUUGGAUUAG